AUGCAAGUCUGCGAGCUGCCGUUGGAGGUCCGGGCUAAAGCCGUUGGAAUGGUUGAGGCAGGAAAGUCCCAGAGGGAGGUAGCUAGGAUUCUUGGAGUUCACCCAGCAAGUGUGAAUCGUUGGUGGAAACGCCACAAGGCUGGAGAAAGCCUCCAAUCAAAGGCUCGCUCAGGGCGUCCAAAAGUCUGCGAGCUGCCGUUGGAGGUCCGGGCUAAAGCCGUUGGAAUGGUUGAGGCAGGAAAGUCCCAGAGGGAGGUAGCUAGGAUUCUUGGAGUUCACCCAGCAAGUGUGAAUCGUUGCACCUUUGCGGUGUUCCGACCUCUUUCGGAGGCGGUCUCAGAGCUCCACGUGAUCCCGCCAAAACAGUCCGUCAACACAACUUAUUAUCUGGAGAACAUCCUCCAAAAGUCCUGCCUUGAUGCCCUUAACAGGACGGCAAGGGGAGGAUCGAUUUUGGAGCGUCGCAUGGUUGAGAAAAGGUUAUUCAAAGAAAGGGAAGAGAAACUUCGUAAAAGUGAAUUCUGGAAGAAUUUCAGGCAGGAUUUUCUACUUUGUCUGAAUGUGCUAGGGUGGACAGGAAGACAAGUGGACCUUGUUUCUUAUGGAAUUGGAUUCUUAAGUAAGGAACAUUGUGUGCUGGAUCAGCUUGCCCUUGCAUGUAUCCUCCAGGAAGAACUAAAAGGGAGUCACUGGUCAUUUGACCCAGCAUACACAUCACAGUGUCUCAAGAUUCUUCAGGAUCUUCACAUAUCUGUGAUAUCAGAAAAUGAGCAAUGCAAGCGUUUGGCAGAAAAUCCCUCUGUUUUCUUUCUUCCUCAUGUUGAUGCUGCAUUGACAAAUAAUCUUCUUUGGAAGAAUUGGACACCUCAGAAUCUUGAGAAUUUAGUUGUUGUUGCCACCAGUUUCUCUACUUUGACUAGGAGGAUCCCUGAUAGAAUCUUAGAGAGAGAUCUGUGGUUUAUCAAACAGGCAUCAAGCAUCUGUGUGGAAGUCCCUAUAAAGUUAUCAGAGAGGAAAAACAUGUCUCGACAAGUGAGACUGUAUAGAGCUCUAACUGGUGAAAUUAAGAGGAGGACCCCUGAUGGGAAGCUCCAUAGUAGCCCUGUCUACACAUACAUCAAGGAGCAAUUUUGUAGACAUAAGGUGACGGAUGAGGUAGCAUGCAAGGCCAAGGAUCAAAUGCUGUUUUUGGCCUCAACCUACCAUUGCUACCUGAACUCAACAAUGAGGUAUAUUGAGAUUCAUGAGACCUACCAUGCCAAGGGAGAGAGGAGUGUGAGAGAAACAGCAAAUCUUCUUGGCUUCAAGUUGCCUCAUGAUUGUAUUCCAGAAUUUGACAACUUGUAUCUUGACAUGAAUGGUAUCAUUCAUGUCUGUUCCCAUCCUAAUGAUGAUGAUCCACAUUUUCGUAUCUCAGAGGAGAAGGUUGUUGCUGAUAUUUUCCACUAUAUUGAGGUGCUUUUCCGCAUCAUCAGGCCGAAGAAGGUGUUUUACAUGGCUGUUGAUGGGGUUGCCCCAAGGGCGAAGAUGAAUCAGCAAAGGGGAAGACGGUUCCGGUCAGCAAGAGCUGCUGAAGCAGUAGAAAAGGAGGCACUGAGUAGAGGAGAAACUUUACCCAAGGAAGAACGAUUUGAUUCUAAUUGCAUCACUCCUGGGACACUUUUUAUGGCUCGGCUCCAUGAACAGCUAAAAUACUUUGUUGUAUCCAAGAUCACAUAUGAUCCAACAUGGCAAGGUACGCCUGGUGAAGGAGAGCACAAGAUCAUGGAAUUCAUUCGUUACAUAAAAUCCCAGACAGAUUAUGAUCCAAAUACAAGGCACUGUCUGUAUGGCUUGGAUGCUGAUCUUAUGAUGCUUGGCUUGUGCACACAUGAGCCACACUUUUCCCUACUCCGAGAGGAAAUCCUGUUUGGGAAGCAGGCAAAGAACAAAGGGAGGACAGCACUUCCCGAGGAAGCAACGUUCCAUUUGCUGCACCUGUCCCUCUUCAGGGAGUACCUGGAGCAUGAAUUCUCAGCUUUGAAAACCAAACUUCCAUUUCCUUUUGAUCUUGAGAAGGUCAUUGAUGAUUGGAUCUUGAUGUGUUUCCUUGUUGGUAAUGACUUCCUUCCACACCUUCCCAACAUGCACAUCAAGAAUGAAGCAUUGGCCUCAUUGUACAAGGUAUAUAUGGAUGUCCUUCCUACUCUUACAGGCAAGUACAUUAUG